AUGCAAAAGCAUCGAUCCUACAGAGCUGCACAUCUUCAAUGGGAUGUAGUUCGGAAAGCACAUGCAUUACAAUUUCUCAAGGAAAAAGGAUUAAUUGGUAAACAAGAACGUAUAACUGGAUGCGAACUUCAACAAUUAAUUGAUAUUAUUCGAUUAAAUCAACUGAAUUUAGACAACCUCUAUCUAUUAAGUCAAACUGGUAGUUUGAAUCAACUAAAUAUGAAAUGUGUUCAAUUUGAACAAGUUUCAAUGACGAACGCCACGUUUUCAUUUGUUGAUCUUAAUGGUGCAUCAUUUGACGGUUCACGAUUAAAUGGUGUAAAGUUUGAAGGAUCGUCUCUCAUUUGUGCAAAUUUUAAUGGUACAGAAUUAGAUGGCACAGAUUUUGGUGAUUCAAAUUUGACAGAUGCCCAAUUUAUUAAUGUGAACUUAUCAACAGCAAAAUUAACAGAAAAUCAAAGAUACCAAGCUAAAUUCGAAAAUUCAACAAUGUCGAAUACAACAGUUAGUGAUGGUACAACGCAUUCUCCAUCAACUGUUGAUAUGCCAAGUACAUCUGAUGUUGAAACAUCGAUAGAUACAGUUGCUACGGCAAAUAAAGUUCGAAAUAUCAUUACAAAUACGCUAAAUAUCUCACCAUGUGCAACACGGAAUAAAAAUGGUACUACGAUUGCCGGUAAUCCAAAUGGUUCAGAAGGAUCGGAUUUAUCAUCUCUAAAAGGUCCCCGUGGAAUACUUGUUGACUUGGGUGAUAGCAAUACGUUGUAUGUAGUAGAUGAGGGCAACAAACGUAUUUUAAAAUUUAAACAAGGUGAAAUAAAUGGACAAGCGGUUGCAGAAAAUUUAACUAGGCCUGUUGGUGUUUUCAUUGAUAAUGACAAAAACUUAUAUGUCGGUCAUUCUGGAAAAGUAUUAAAAUUUCGUCCAAAUACAAGUGUUGGCGUGAUAGUAGCUGGUGGAAAUGGUGUGGGUUCAGGCUUGCAUCAACUAAGUAUUCAUACUCCUGGACUUAUGAUAGAUCAAAAUAAUAACCUAUAUGUAUCAGAACAUGAAAAUCAUCGAAUUGUUAAAUGGGAGCCAAAUGCACAAACUGGCAUUUUAAUUGCUGGUAAAACUAAUAGCAAAGGAAAGGAUUCUAUUCGGCUCAAUUUUCCGCAAGCAAUCGUUGUUGAUUCGAUCCACAAUGCUCUCUAUGUUGCUGAUUGUGUAAAUUCUCGAAUUCAACGAUUUCAUCCGAUCGGUGAUACCAGUGGUGAAACGGUUGCUGGAAAUGGUACAGAAGGUAAUAGUCUAUUUCAACUGUGGUAUCCAACCGGUAUUAUUGUAGAUAGUGAUGAAAACAUUUAUAUAGCUGAUAAUGGAAAUGAUCGUAUAGUUAAAUGGAUGGCACGAAAUUAUACAGCUGGUGGUGUUUGUAUUGCCGGACGUUGUGAAUCGGGCGGCAGGCAACCUCAUGAACUGCGUGCUUCUUUCGAUUUAAAAUUUGAUAGCGAUAGAAAUUUAAUUGUUUCACAAACUAAUAGUAUACAAAAGUUUGAAAUUAUACGUAAUCAAUGCAAUUGA